UUGGUUAGUUUAUUAUAAUAAUGAUAAAGAUUAUGAUUAUUAGCAGAUGAUUGUGUUGUGCUGCAGCCUGAGAAUAUGAUUUUAUCAGAUAUCAAAAUGCCACCAGUUUUCAAGAAAAGGGGAAAACCAAAAGAACGAGAUGUGACUGUAGUUGGACUUCCAGCAAAAAAAAAAGUAAAGAUUGAUAAAGACAAGAAACGUCUUAAACCAUUUAGUUGUCAACACAUUACUGUAAAGGAAAGAGUUAUUUUAAAUUGGUUGGUUGAUAAUGAUGCUGCUGAAAGAGAUUUAAGGGAUCAUAAGAGUCUAAUAGAAGAAGAAGUUGAGACAAGACCAGAGAAAUUGGCAAAUAGACUGAUUGACGAAAAUGUUGAUAUUAAUUUAGUUCGUCAAUUUUUUUCUAAUGAUGCAUGGCUAUCAGUUGAACAGUUGAUGGAGUGCAUGAAAAAGAGUAGAAGAUAGGUUUGUGAAGUGUGUUUUCAUGACUUAGAUGAGCAGGAGUUGAUUGCUUGUGACUUGUGUUUGAAGUAGGCCCAUCUUGCCUGUGUUGGAUUAACAAAUCUCCGAAUAAGAAAGUAUUGGUACUGUAGGAAAUGUUAUCAAUGAUAUUUCUUAAAGUUUUCUCUGUUGUUUAAAAUAUUAUUAUUAUUAUUAAUCAUAAUACCGAGUCUAAUAAUAAACACAUAGUUCCACGUGGUUUCUGUGAAUGGCCGGUUAUUAUUCAUUGUCGGUCCUACAAGGGGAAAAUUGAAAGAACCG